AGUUUAGUGGGGGCGGUUCGUCAGUCUGGAUGAUUAAAUGAGGGGGUGUUUCUUAGCGAACGUCAAGAAGGGACACAGAGGAAACCAAUAUUUCACGUCUUUUCCUGCUUUUCAAUUCCUGCGGAUUUUGUUGUAUUGUUUGGACGCUCGCGUACAGGUGAAAACAUGGCCAGUGCACCCCCAAUGGAUGCCACUACUCCCCUAACAGGACCCAUGCCUCCUUCAUAUGACGACACGAUGAAGGGGUCCUAUCCCCAGUACCCUCCCAACCCAGGGUACCCUCCCCAGGGACCGGCGAUGGGAAUACUCAACCAGCCAGCUUACCCAGUACAGCCACCACACCCAGUGUAUCCGCCCCAGGGACCGGAGAUGGGAAAGAUGAAUCAGCCACCUUACCCAGGACAGCCAAUGCAACCCCCCGUAACUAACCAAGUGGUGUCGAUGCAGACGAUUGUAGUGCAGCCCAGCGUGAUUUUCAGAGACCAAGCUGUCCAGAUGAACUGCCCAGCCUGCCAGCAGCUCAUUGUGACCCGGCUGGAGUAUACAUCCGGGACCCUCACCUGGCUCCUGUGCGGAGGAAUCGCCAUCGUGGGGUGCCUCUACGGUUGCUGCCUGAUCCCCUUCUGCAUCGACGGUGCGAAAGACGUGAAUCACUGGUGUCCGAAUUGCAACCGCGUCAUUGGACACCACAGGCGCCUGUAGCAGACCGCAGAUUAUUCAUCACUCCCUUUUCAAGAGCUCUAGCUGUCAGGGCAGGAGAAGGAGGGAAAGGGAGAGAGGCGCGUGCAUAUAAAAAUCACAACGUACCCAAUUUCCUUCCUUAACGAGGGAACCGUGAAUGCACAGACCGCCUCCGAGCUGCCCCAGCCUGCAGCCUUAAAGCCUUUAUCUGGGGUCUGUUGUUUAUAGGAUAUUGUUAAAUAAAUCUGGAGUCAGUUUCUCAGCAAUCAGAACCCCAACAGAUUGUACCCUGGCAUAUAUAUCAUUUUUUUUUAUUAUUAUUAUUAUAUCUAUAGAUAUAGGUAUACAUAUAUAUAUAUAUAUAUAUAUAUAUAUAUAUAUAUAUAUAUAUAUAUAUACAUCAAAUCUCCUUGCUAAACUAAAUAAGCAAACAAACUAUUGCAGUUAUUACUAUCACAGUUUAGUGGCUUUUGGGGUUUUGUUUUUUAAGAACAUUUAAAUAAGUAUGUGCAAUUAUUUGAAUGGGCUUUAGGAAAAAGAAAGUUUAAUGUUAGCAUGUUAUCCUAUCCUAUAGAGACCUGUGCCCCUGCAUUCCCAAUGAAGCGGACUGCUCUGUAGUAUUCUGGGUCUGCAGUGGCACACUCCCAGUACUGUAGUGAGCUACACUGUACUGCUGCAGUCCAGGUGCUGUAUUCACAUAUUACAGACACUUAACCAACAUUAAUCACAAGCAUCACUUUCAUUAUCACUUUAUGUUAAUAUUUUAAAAAUAAUAAUAUUUUUUACCUACCAAGUGCCUUGGGUGUAUUUUAAACAAAAACACUUUUUCACAACUUUCUUUGUUUCUUGGCAGUAAAGUAUCAGUACAUUGCUUUCUUUUUUAAAACUAAGAUAACAUUUUGUAUGAUGUAUUAUUUCUAAGUAACAUAAAUAUACAGUAAAUAUACAUAAAUAUAUAGUUUAUUCUUGUAUCUGUAUCUCGCUUCAUGUUUUCUUUAAAGCUCUGUUUCCCAAACUGUUUUUCUACAAGUGCUAUAAAAAUGUAACAUGA